UUUUAAUAUUACCUAAAAUGGCGACACAGUAAUAUAUUUGGGUAUUUUCUGAUUCUUGAAAGUGUUUUCAGUGACUAGCAUGCAGGACAGGCUGUAUUUACGUACUUUAAACCGAUUGCUAUAAGUUACACCGGUACCUUGGAAGACAAAGAUCACGGAAGGAACUCCACAUGACUUAAUCAGGAUGUUCAUUUCACCAUACACAGACUAAUAUUUCCCGAACACGUUACUUAUCACAUCAUGAUAAGGGCUUUACUGGCUUUGUUGGGAAUGACGGUCAUCUCCAAUUGGUGUGUCCAUGGUUACCCACAUUUCAAGUCACUAAUCCCGAAUGGAAGUGAUGUUCGUGAUCCGUGUAAUAAGGUAAACAUAUGGCAAGGGGUAGGUCACCUGGCCAAGGGCGGAGGUGGACCGAGGAACCCUUUUGGAGUUGACUUCGCUCUUAACGACAAGAAAUGGAACAGUACCUUGUGUCUAAAGGACUCAGAUGGCGAUGGAAGAUCUAAUGGAGUGGAGCUUGGUGAUCCCGGCUGUGUGUGGACCACGGGUUCCACUCCAACCGGCUCUCCCACUGGGCAUCCGGGGAUUUGUGAACCAUUGGAUAAUUCGCAAUGUUUAAAGACGAACUCGGGGUAUAAAUGCAAAAGACAACUCCAGUGUGACGCUAUCAAUAGUCCAGAUGUGAUACCUUUUGAGAUAAGGCUACCACUGACACAGGUUCCUGCUACAGACACAACCUACACGUGCAUGAACUUUGCGUUUCCUGCAGACAAAGACUACCACGUGAUUGCUGAUAAAGGUGUCAUAGAUAAUCAUCACGUCAUGCAUCACAUCGUAAUCUUCGGAUGCCCUAAUCAAGCUAGUUUUGUUCAUCCAUUGAAUACUACAUAUGAUUGUCUGGGGUCUAUGGGAGAACAUGAAUGUAAAGAACAGAUAGCUCUAUGGACCAUUGGCUUAGCUGGUCUGUGUCACAAUGAGAAGGCUGGGUUCAGGAUAGGAGUUGGUGGUUACAAGUAUGCGACUAUGGAGGUUCACUGGAGUAACCCAGGAUUGAGAGAUGACUACACAGACAGUUCUGGAAUGAUCCUGUAUUAUACACCUGUAUUAAGGCCUUACAAUCUUGGGAACCUUUUGACAGGCGAUAAUGAUUUCAGCAUCCCUCCAGGAAAAUCUAAAUAUGUUGUAAAUUCUAAAUGUACUUCCGAUUGUUCAACCAAAAUCAUGAGCAGUUCUAUCUUCGUCGUCGCAGGAUAUAAUCACAUGCACGAGUUGGGUAAAGCUAUGACAUUGUCUCAUAAGCCGUCUGGCGAUGAAGAACGCUUUCUGACGCACGAUCCCCAUUACAGCUACGCCAAUCCAGUCGUCCAUGUAUUCGAUCCGCCAAUUGAAAUCAAGCCUGGAGAUGAGCUGAAAACCAAAUGUACGUUCGAUUCCUCUGGCAAACGCACCAUAACCCAUCAAGGGGAUGGCGCCUCAGACGAAAUGUGCAACAGUUAUGUGAUCUACUACCCAAAAGAAGCCCUCUGGGAUUUUGAGUGCACGUCAUACAGAGGGUUCCCGUCAUGUUACAUCAGCGAACUUUCUGCCAUUAUAGAUAAACGCUUCAAUCACAGAUCAGUCAAGGAAAAACGGGAUGUACACUGAAUUGAUUUUACUGUAAUAUGUUCCUUUAAAUUUACUAUACCCUUGUGAUACGUUUUCUCGUGGUGCAUGUUUUGAAUUAAAAUGUCAGUGAUGAAGAGCAUAUUAUCAUCAAUAUUUCAAUUAUAAAACCUUCACAUCUGAAUUAUCUGUUUUGCCAUUCCGUCUUAAAUUAAAAUCUUUUUAUUAGUCUA